AUGGCCCCUUGCGCCCCCCCCCCUCCUUUGCGACCCCUCUGGGACCCCGUCGCCGCCACCUGCGGCCCCGUCCCCGCCAACUGCGGCCUCGACGCCGUCACAUGCGGCCCCGUUGCCGCCACCUACGGCCCCGUAGCCGCCACAUGCGGCCCCGUCGCCGCCACCUGCAGCCCCGUCGCCGCAACCUGCGGCCCCGUCGCCGCCACCUCCGGCCCCGUCGCCGCCACCUGCGGCCCCGUUGCCGCCACUUGCGGCCCCGUCGCCACCACCUGCGGCCCCGUCGCCGCCACCUGCGGCCCCACCGCCACCUAUGGCCCCGUCGCCGCCACCUGCGGCCCCUUCGCCGUCACCAGCGACCAAGCCGCCGAGCAGCCCAGCAACCGAACCGCCCACCUGCCUAGCAGCCGAGCCGCCCAGCAGCCGAGCCGCCCAGCAGCCGAGCCGCCCAGCAGCCGAGCCGCCCUCCUGCCGAGCCGCCGAGCUGCCGAACUGCCCUACUCUCGAGCCGCUGCUGUUCCUACCAGUGCGCCCCGGCCCUCCUUCCUCGGACUGUGCGAUAGGGCAGACGGACUCUCUCUGCUCGAUCUCACCUCUGGUGCCACUCCUGCUCCGCCUGCUACUGUUGACAGCACUAUUCGCUCACAGUGGGCCACACGCGAUGCUGCUGCUCGCCUUGUUAUGCUUUUCCCCGCCACUCUCACCGUUGACCUCCUCGAGAAGGGCCUCCUAGGAGCAGAGAAGAGCAUUGUCGCUGUAGGAGCCUCUCGUGGUUCCCUUGCACCCCCGUCUUUGAGGAGUGUUCCCCCUCCCCCCUCUUGCCCUCUGUUGCCUCUACUACGGCGGCCGACCUCGUUGGUUUCGAGUCGGUCGGUGCUGCGUCUCCCCCGAGCGGGAGACGCUGCACCGGCAAGGGCAAGGGGGGCAAGGGCGCUGAAGAGGCUAGCGGGGGCAGUGGAGGUGGUGGUGGAGGCAGUGGAGGGGGUGGGGGUGGUGGUGGGAGUGGUGGCGGGGGUGGAGGUGUCGGUGGCAGCAGUGAAGGCGGAGGAGGCGGCGGCGGUGGUGAAGGGAGCGGAGGCGGCGGAGGCGGCGGUGGCGGCGGAGGUGGUGGAGGCGGCGGCGGCAGCAGUGGACCUGGUCGCGGCUCUGCGCAGAGGAGUGGCUCCGGUGGUGGUACGCGCCAGCAGCAGCAGAGCACUCGUGAGACCCUAUCCCCUCAGCAGCUUCGUGAGUGGUACACUGCGCGUCAGCGCGGUGGGGGUACGGGUCCCUGCACCUACGUUCUCCGCACCGGCGACCGCGCUGGUGAGCAGUGCGGGGGCCCGCACUCCACCCAGCGCUGCUUCGGCCGCCUGA